AAGUGGUAAAUGAAAUAAAUUUUUAGACUCGGAAUCAUGGAAGAUUUAGAUCCGGGAUAUACCCAAGCUUGCAGUGAAAGGACAAUUCAAUCCGAUUCUCAAGGAUUUUUCGCAGAGUUCUAUAAUGAAGUUCUUAAAUCAUGUAGUGAUAAGUGGCUGAAAACCCAUUUUAAAAAUAUGAAAAGUGAUAGUGAACGAAUUAUGUCAUUAUUCAACGACCCAGAAGUUUGCGGGCCAGUGAUUGGCAUUCUUGAACAUGUACAACCGGUGUUCAAAGAAAAAGAUGCAGCGUUUUCAUCGCAACGGAGAAUUCAAGGGGAGAAAUUUCUAUUAAUGGAGGAUAAUAAAAAAGCAUUAAUGAUGCUGAACCAUGCUGUUGUUCGAGCUCCACCCAAAGGAAUUGACAAGCAAAUUGAUUGUGGAUUUUCAUUAGCAAUGGCUUAUUGGAUAAGAUCAGCAAUUCUCUUGACAGAGAAGGAUGGCAUCCAUGCACUUCAGGACAUUAAAUUAGCUGCAAAAAAUGGAUUCAAUAUAAAGGAAAAUCCUGAAUACUACUGGCGCAUGACUAAAGCAUAUGCCCUGAUGGGAGAACAUGCAAAAGCGAAAAUAUCUAUGGGUAUUUUGGAAAAACUAUUAGAGGGUGAAAAACACAAAAUCGAAAAAUUCAGGCAAGAGUUGAGUGGAAUUGUUCCCAACGUGAAGGAGAAGACUGUUUGUCAAGCACACGCACUGGCAGGAGGUGAAAAUCCAAAUAUCGAAUCGGCUUCAAACCUACUAGAAGUAGUCGAAUCUGGCGAAAAGGGAAAAUACAUGGCAGCGAAAGACAAUGUAAAUGCCGGUGAUGUAGUGCUCAUGGAAGAGCCUGUUGUAGCUUGCUUACUGCCUAAAUUAUUUGGUAGCAACUGCCUACAUUGUUUCACAAGGUUAGAAAUUCCAGUUUGCUGCCCUAGUUGCUCCGGCGUAGCAUUUUGUUCUGAUGAAUGUAUGACUGCAGCGUGGAACUCUUAUCAUAAGUACGAAUGCACAUUUUCGGAUUUACUUGUUGGAUCGGGAAUGUCUAUUCUGUGCUUUUUGGCAUUACGAACUUUCACUCAAUCAUCAAGUGUUGAUGAAGGUUUGGCAACAGCGAAUGGCCUCAUAUCAAAACUCUGUGCUCACAAGGACUUAAGGACGCCUCAGGAUUAUCUUCAACGAACUCUCAUGUCAGCUUUCCUACUUCGUUGCCUACAAAAAUGUGGUUACUUUGGAAGACGAACUACUGAGUCGGCCGAUCCAAUAGGAAAAGAGUUGGAAGUGGCUGUAUCAUUAUUGGGCCUACUACAAGUUCUACAAUUCAAUGCGCAUGAAGUCCACCAGAUUGUCAUCAGUGGAGAUCACAAAUUUGACAAUGCGAAAACGGUUUAUGUUGGGGCUGCAAUAUAUAAGACUGGUUCAUAUUUUAACCAUGACUGCUGUCCUGGUGUUGCAAGACUCUUCGUGGGAAAGAAGCUUGUUUUAGUGUGUACAAGGCCGGUCAAAGCAGGAGAUCCAGUUUCAGAGAAUUAUGGACCAAUUGUGACGAAAAUGACUUUAAAAGAAAGGUUACGAAUUUUACGAUCACGAUACUGGUUUAAGUGUAGUUGCGACGCCUGUCGGGAAAAUUGGCCUGUGCUACAGAAAAUUGACCGAAAUGUAAGGUUCAGGUGCCCAACACCCUCAUGCAAUGGCAUUUUAAAGUUCCCCAAAGAUAUUGGGAAGGACGUUCGAUGUAAUGUUUGUCGAAAGAAUGUUUCAUUAAAGGAGAGCAUUUCAAGCAUUAUUAAAUGUGAGGAAAUUUACCGAAAAGCUGGAGCAUUUAUGAAUGAUCAAAAAACUGAAGAAGCAAUCAAUGCUUUCAAAGAGGGGAUUUCUCUGUUUUACGAAGUUGCUGUACUACCUCACAAGGAUACUCUAAUUGCCCAGGAAUCACUUCGAAAAUGCUAUUCAGAUACAGGAACAACAUUUAGAAUAUAAGCGAGAUCUUAGGGAGGACUUUGAUUUUGAUAUAUUUCAAAAUAAAUUUGUCUGUCAUAAAA